AUGGUCCGCCAUAAGAAAGAUUUCAAGGGCAACAACAAGUUCAGAAACCCGGCCAAAGCACGCGCACCUCCACGCCCCCGCCGCGCAUCUGAUGCAGACGAGAACGAUGGCGCCGAACCGAGACCCGCAAAACCAGAGUUCAAAGCCGCAUGCUGGGAUCUUGGACACUGUGAUGCCAAGCGCUGCUCAGGCAAGAGGUUAAUGCGCCUCGGCAUGAUGCGCGAGCUGCACGUAGGACAAAAAUUUGCAGGCGUUGUAGUCAGUCCCAAGGCAAAGAAGAUUGUGAGUCGCGACGACAAGGAUCUCGUCGAGCAAUAUGGCGCUGCCGUUGUCGAAGCGAGCUGGAACAGGAUAGACGAGGUGCCCUUUGGCAGGAUAGGAGGCAAGUGCGAACGCCUCUUGCCAUAUCUCGUUGCCGCGAACCCCACCAAUUACGGCCGACCAUGGCGGUUGAACUGCGUCGAAGCGCUUGCGGCAUGCUACUACAUCUGCGGACACCCAGAGUGGGCCGAGUCGAUACUGUCGACCUUCUCCUACGGCCAAGCAUUUCUAGACAUCAACGCGGCCUUGCUCAAACGUUACAUGGCAUGCGAAAACGAAGAGCAAAUCAAAAAAGCCGAAGAAGUGUGGCUGGAGAAGAUUGAACGCGAGUAUAACACGAGUCGUGCAGACAGGGAAGAUGGUGUCGAGGAAGACAUAUGGGCUGGUGGGAACAUGAACAGGCGAGUCAUUGACGAGUCUGACGAGGAUGAUGAUGAAGAAGACGGAGAAGGUGACGAGGAUGAGGACGAGGAUGAGAUCGAUCCCCGAAAUCCUUAUGAUCUCCCAGAAUCAUCCGACGAUGAAGAGGAGAUGGCAGAGCUUAGACGCAGAGUCCUCGCGUCGAAACCCUUCACCAACCCUGCACCGAAAGAUGACGAAAUCGAAGACGAAGACGAGAAAAAGGAACCGGAGCGCAUACUCAAGACUAAGCCUGCGCCCAAGACGUCAAAGACGGAGGAUGAGGAUGAUAGCGAGCCCGCUGAAGCCGACGAAGACGAUGCCGAGUUCGAUAACUUCAUGGCCGCGCAACCCACCACAGAUCGAACAGGUAUCCAGAGUAAGCAAAGGGCGAAGGCCAUGGACGGCAAAUACAAGGCAACUUUCUCGAGUGGCAGCGUCAAGGCGCCCAGUGGACCUCUAUGA